ACGUGACAAAUAGAGACCGUUUGCGGGUCUUUUCAAAUACCUACAUUUUACAGUUGUUUUCGUAAGUAAUUUUUCGAUUGGAAAUUUCAAAGGAUUUCAAAAAUCCUACGAGCUGAAAUGGAAACUGAAAGCACUACCAAGAAUACCAGCAGACAUCUUUCUACAUCUUCGGUGGAGGACAGUGUCCGAAUGAUUAAAUCUGAAGUGAUACCUUGCUUACAGAAUGCUAUGCAGACACUGCAAAACAUCUGGAGUGAAAUUGGUUUAGAAGAAGAACAAAAAGAAGAAAGAACUAAAUCUGUUUUGUUUCAUUUACGAAAUUUAUUGCAACAAAUGGUGAGUGAGGAGGAGGAAUUAAAAGCUACACUACAAGCAAAUGUAGAAACUUGCACUCAGGAGUUGGAGAAACUGAGUGAAGAACUGGGAAUACCUGUGUUCAAGGUUAGUGAUGAGAGAAUCACCCAGCAGCUAAUAUUAAUUUUGUCUUGUGUGGACUGAAUUAAAAUGCAGGAAAAACACGAAAGGAUGAAAAACUUGAAGAGUUUGAAAGAGAAAGAAACAAAGUUAUGUGAGAGGCUAUGUCUUCCUGCUCAUAACCUGGGAGAAGUCAAUGUACCAAACAAAGAACAGCUAAAAGAAUUGGAGGCCAAUGUAGAAUAUUUACAAAAGGAACAAGUGAAAAGACUGAAUACAUUCAAGGAAUUGAGACAAUUGAUUCAAACGUUGUGGAGGGAGUUAGAGGCAGUUCCUUCAACAACUGUAGGACAGGACCUGGCUAAAGAUGAUGCGGAAAAAACAUUUAAACUCUCUUCUCUGAAUAUUGAGACACUGAAAGAUCUUAAAUGUGAGCUUGAAAAUCAGCACAAAAGGUGCGAGACAGAGUCAUCUCAAUUAAGAGAGACAAUCACAUCACUUUGGACCAAACUAGAGAUUGACGAGUCAGAAAGACAAGCCUUUCUUACUAAACACAAUGGAUGCAAACCUUCAGUCAUUGCAAAGCUGAAAAAUGAAGUCCAAAGAUUGCAGGCAUUGAAACUACAACACAUUCAGAAAUUCAUUGACGGCCUCAGAAAGGAACUAUCUGAGCUCUGGGACAAGUGUUAUUUUGGUCCGGCACAGCGAGAAGAGUUCACCCCAGCUUUUGAUAACAACUUUACAGAAGAACUCUUGGCACUCCAUGAGCAUCAGGUGGAAGUCAUGAAAAAUUACUAUGAUGGAAACAAGGAAAUUUUCAAACUUGUGGAGAGAAGAGAAACUCUGUUUAAGACAAUGGAAGAAUUUGAGAGUCGAAAAAAUGAUACAAAUCGCCUGGCAAACCGUGGUGGAGCACUACUCAAGGAGGAGAAAAUUAGGAAGGGAAUAAACAAGGAAUUACCCAAGGUGACUUUGAUCAGUCAUUCUAAUGAUAAUUNUGCAACAAUGCAAGACUGUACCACAUCAACACCAUCAAGGUUGCCACUGCAUUCUAGUGUUUGCCCAUCCCCCAGACCUGCCAAAGGAAACACAAAUGGCCGCCCACCAGUUGCCACUAAAUCAAACAUCAGACGAGUGGCCAAGACAAUAAAGAAAAAGGUGACACCUAACAAGAGGCAGUCAGCCAGACUUGCUGUGAAAAGAAGGGUUCUUGGAGAGAAAAAUGGGAACACAAGCAAAACGCUGAAUAACACUGGUAACACAUCAAUUCAAGUGGUGAAUGGCUUCAAAUCAUCCAGCAAGACUAAUGAAUCUUUGGUUGUUUGUACCUCAUAUAAUGAGUUUGCCAAUGGCCUGGACAAAGAAGAGAAUAACUGUCGUAGCAGUAUGCUCAACAGAACACAUUCAAUGAUCUCAUUUGUCUAACAAGGGGUGCAGUCGUGCAGUACUAAUUGCCUCUUACAUGAAUUUGCUUUUAAUCAUAAAAAAUGUCAACAAAAGAGUUGUGAAAAGGAACACUGCCAUCAAGUUUGGAUUCAGUAGUGCCUUUUACCAAAGGAUAACAUCAUUCUGUUCUUUUGUGAUGUCAUUGUUUCUUGUAAUAGAAGGAAAGCACAGUGUUAAAUACUUUAGCGAUUUUCUUGUCCAUACUGUAGUUUCAAUCUUCAGGUACAUUUCUAAUGAGUUUUAAGAUGAUCAGUUGUACAGAGUGUAAAUAUUUCGUUUUUAAAAUAGUUUUAAGAUCAGAAGCAAGUCUCAUAUUCAAAGUAAUAAGUGCACAAGAGGUUGAUGUCUGUUUAAACAGCUCACCACUUUCAUCAAAUUUUAGGUGAAAACAUGAUGCUAUAAUUUUUGUAUCUUCAGCAAGUAUUUUUAUUCUGUUAGUUUCAUGUUGACAGAAUAUAAUAUACAUCCUGUACAAGAAUACAAAUUUAUUUGCCAUCAGCUUAGUUUAUUUGUUUCCUAAUGUUUUAUUGACAAAAUAUUGUAAAAGCAAAACAUUAAAAUUAUACUUCUACCCAAUGACAAUCAGUAAAUCAGCAUCAGAUAAUUUUUCUUGCAUCUAAAUUACAUAAUGUAGUAUUUCGGCAUAAUAUUAUUGUUCUGAAUGUCAGUUAUAUGUAGUAUCAGCUUGCUGUUUUAUGGCACUUGUCACCUCACUUAGCCUCUAGCACAAACAGUGUGUGGGCUCGUUGUGCAAUCUUCCUCCUGGGGGAGGAAGCAUUAUGUGACAAGCCUAAAGAGCGAUUGUGCUGGAGGCUAUACCUCACUGGACUAGUUCAUUCUUGACAACUAGUUGUACAUAGGCCACUAAAAUUUCUCAAUAAAAAGACCACUACUUUA